AUGGAACGCGUCUCGAAUCACCUAGGCGCAGAAUCGAACCUUCAGGAGAGCUCAUUCAGCUUCCGAAACGGGGUGUCCACUAUCGACGCGAUAACGCGCGUCCGAGGUCAUGCAAAAUCAGUGGUGAGUCAGGGCGAAAUGGCGUUGGCGGUUUAUGACACGGUACUGGAGACGGCGCUACAAGCAGACGUACGCUUGACUUGCUACGCCGACGAAAUUCUGCUCGUCGCCGGUGGCCGCGACUGGCAGCGGAUCAUCAGAUUGACAGAGGCAGGUGUGACUGCAGUCACCGGCCAGAUCAAGAGCUUGGGACUGGACGUGGCGACCAAGAAGACGAAGGCCAACUCGUUUCACGGGCUGCCGCCGACAAGACGUCUGCCGCAGUCGAUCGGCGACGACCGUAUUUUCGUUGGUCGAACGAUGAAGUAUCUCGGAGUGACGCUCGACGAGCGAAUGACCUUCGAAUGGCACUUCGCCACCUUAGGUCCCAGGGUGGAAGGUAGAAGGCCGCUAUGCUGUGUAGGAUCUUCCCCAACAUAG